AUAGAAUGAUUGAAUUUUUCACAAGUUUUUACCUAGAAUUACUCCUGUCUAGUAAUAAUUGUCUCAUGCUAUUGUUGAUUAUACUAGAAGGAAAGUUCCUAACACUUGGAAGAAACGUUCCGUAGAAUAGCUAUGCUGAACUUUAAUUUUCCCGUAUCUGCUACAAAGUGCACGGGUAGUUUCUUCGGGAUGAAAUUUUACAUUCAUCUUCCGAAACCAUUCGUCUACACUUAAGCACCGCCAAUUAGCAGCCGACAUUCCUGCAUCUGGAUCGGUGGCUAACAUUUCUCAGAUAUUAAUGUGUGGAAGAUCUCCCAACAGUUCUAAUUUGUGUUAGUUUAUGGUUAGAAAUUUCUCGCACAUUAGGUUGCAUCAUAUAGUUGAUAGUUUGCAUUGUGAGCCUGACUGAUUGAACAACAUCGAAUGAAAAUCUGAAUGAAUUGCAGCUUCAUUACAGUGUUCUCCAUGAAAUUUCAAUAAUUUCUGCAGAACACGAUGUAUUGCUUAUCCUUCAACGAAGUAAGUGUAAAAAUAGAAUUGGUAAACUGUCCAAAUUUUUCGGCCGUGUCGAAGAAACCUCUCCUAUGGUUCGUAAAGGAUUGACAAAUCUGGCGAUUAUAUCGAAAAAUUAGCGUAUUACAGCAUCGAGAUUAUUAAUCCGAGAAAUGUUAGCUGAAGUUUAUAGUGCAAUGCAGCCUACAUCAAGGAGGCAAUACUAGAGUUGUAUACAUAUAUUCGAAUCUAUUCAAAUAUAUUAUCUACGGGUAGUUACCGGGAUAUAGGCAAAAGGAUAGGGUAAGAAAAAGAUUUCUUAUAUUCCUCAGAUUCCUCUUACCUUGUUUUUGGUAUGCAUGACGAUCAAAAUAACCAGGGCUAGAACUGCGUCAUACGUUGAUUAAUUUAUAAAUUUUUCUAGCUUUAAACGAUAUCACUGAGACUCCAUUCGUGUCAUAAUUUCUCGAUUCAACUGAACUUCGACAUUGCUAAGAGAGUCUAAAUCCUUGCAACAUUCUCAAGCUUUUAUUUCGCUCAUUACUUGUUAUUUCUCUUCAGUGACCUCGCGGAAGAACAAAUAACAAGAAUGAUCAAGAUGAUUGACAAAAACAUCAACGAUAUCAGCUUAGUUAAAGCUGUUGUACUCGAAAACAAUUUAAUGCUGAAAGAUAUUUCGAAAAAAGAGACAGUUGCGCCCUUUCCACGACCGACCUUCUGUCCUGCCAAGACUCUAGACGAGCUACAAACGCUAAUGACUCGAUCAGAUUUGAUUCCAAUUCUUGUAACGUCUAAGGAUUCUACUCUAAACAAGACUGCUACCUCGAUGUUGAAACUCCUAUUGACGAGGGAACUUGCAUUAGCCUUUUCAAUGACCGGACUUGGCCUUCGACGACAACGAACGAAGAUGAAAUUUGAUAACUCUCCAUCGUGUCUUGCCAUUGAACGAGCCCUGAGUCAAAUACCAGACUACAGUCAGGUACCGCGAUGCGAGGUGAAAACAGCAAUUAGAUUGGCACUGAAAGGAGCUAUUGACUGGUCGGGACAACGAGGAAAGAGGAAAGACGCCACAGGGGCAGCCAUAAAUCUUAAGACUAAUCAGGAAAAUGCCCUAACUCCAAGUCGCCCAGAAGGAUCGACAGCUCGCGUCUUAAACUCAAGCCAUAUCGCUGGCGAGGCUGUAGCUACUUCAAGCCGAACUGCAGUCAAUCCAAGCCAUACUCAGACAACUGGUUGGGAUACGUUUGAUGCUGGUCCAUCGUGGUCCACGUCUGAAGAAAUGCUUCUUGAUGCUGGAAGUUUUGUACCACCAAGGGACGAUGUGCAUGAUAUGGUUGACAAUUUUCCCCAAUUUUAGUUUGUGUAAUAUGGAGUUACUUUGAAAGGUAAAUUAUUUUGCUGAUGAAUUUCAUAUGGGAUCGUACUGUAAAAUCUUAGUAUACGUUUUAUUUUGUUCGAUUCGAAGAUCCCCGCAACUUGGUUUGACUGCGACGCUUGGGUAAUAUGUUUAGCUGGAUUUAAUGUGAGCAUUUUUCUUUGUAAACUCACGUUUAAAAAUUUAUCGAACUAAAUUUUUUGUUAGUUUGUAUAUCGAGGGUUCAAAAAGAAAUUUCUGGUAGCAGUUUCGAAUUUCAAAACGAUUUAUUUUAAUUUAUGACGUCAUAUUCUCGGUAUGAAUUUGGUAAACCAGUAUUAAAGCCAAAUCUACCUAAUAGAUUGCUUUAGAUCACGUUCUGAUGAUGCGGUACUUUAGUGUGGUGAUGUGUGGGAGUGCAAGUUUUUAUUUCAGCUAACGUAUGUAAUAUCGUUCGGCGAAUUAAGCAACUCCGUUAGCCUGUUAUAUGAAGUUUUCCGCAAAUUUUUCGUUCUAAAUAAUUUCAGCAUCAGUCACUUCUCAUGUUUUGUCACACACGAGAUGCAAAUUUAUGAGGCUAUGAUAAGGAAUGGUAUUUUUAUUGCGAUGACCGACAUGACAGGCCAUCGUACUCUGUAUUGUUAAUUUACUUGUUCCAUACCGCAAUUUCGUUCAUUUUGUAAGCACAGAUGAGGGCUCAUACAAUAAAUUAUAACGUUAA